CUUCGCCCGGGCUUGCGAUAGUACCUGCCGCCGUACCUCAGAUAGUACCUGUCGAACUGUCUCUACCGUCCGUCAGUCCUCGUUAUCAAUGAACCCCGAGUGAACAUAGCUCCAUUGUAGUGUUUAGUAUCAGUUGAUCUCGUAGUGCUGUGAUCUCCGAGAGCUGUGGACCGAUUCGAUAUGAUCUCCUAAUAGCAGGAUAUAUAUAAUAUAAUCGAGGGCUACAGAAAAGUCGCAGCUCCCAGAAGCCCUGCUCAUACUUCUAACCUCCAACUAAAUGGUGUUGUAGACAGUAAUAUGAUGACAACAACAUUACCAGACCACACGACUGGCAGUACAGUACCUCUUUAUCCAGGUGGUCAACCAACUAUUGAAAACAGUUUCACUCCUCUGAGGGAGCACAGGUUUCCAAACUCUGUUUGGCAACCGAAUCCAUCAGAUCCUAAUACAUUAGGUACAUGGAAUCCCCAAGGGCAAUUCAUACAACAGAUCCCCCCUCACCAGAUAGAUGAGUUAAGAUAUCCACAAUACUCAGUCACCAGUUAUCCUCAAACUGCUCCAGUUGUAGGAUACCAACAGGGAUCUUUUGUACAAACUAAUGGUGCAGUGUUCAGCAACCCAGGUCAACAGGCCCAACCAUCGCCUCAUAGUUUGCACAAUGGAAAUUCUAGAAGUACCCCAACUUUAAAUGGUAAUCUGGAUUAUGUAGAUCAAUCGCCUAGACCUUCUGAAUAUCUUAAUGGCACCUAUACCCAUUCAUCUCAGGAUGUCAUGGCACCACCUACUUCAUCAACACCAACCAGUAGGUGCGGUUCAGCACAACUUGAUAGCACUGAAGGAAAGUACACAAAUCCUCCAACUCCCACCACCCCUAGCAACCAGGGAAACGCGAUGCCUGGAUACCCACAUCAAAUCCCUCCCCAAUCACCACAGAGUUCACUCAACUCUAGUGGGUAUCCAGGGCAAGAAAAUAAUUCGUCAAUUAAUAAAGGGGAGCAGCAAGCGACUCAGAAUGUUUGGAGUAGAAGUAGUAGUACAAAUAGUUUACAUAAUGAUGUUGAAAAGUCACCCAGUGCUAAUAAAGAUGUCUGGUUAAACAACCAGUUAGAAAGUAAUAGGCAAAUGGUUUGGAAGAGCAGCCAAGAUAAUUUUCAAAAUAUAAACAGUCAGCAAAGUGAAUGGUGCAAUGAUCCUAAUGACAACACUAAAAAGUCCACUAAUACACACAACCAAGAAUCCUGGCAAGGUAAAGAAGAAUCUAAAACUCUCAAUUCAAGUAGUGAAAAAUGGUCGCAAGAAUCUGGUAAAAGUCCUAUCACUCCACAUGAUCAGGAACAACAAAGCCCUCAGCAAGAAAAUGGUGGACAAACACAUCAGGUCCAUCAUCAGCAGAUUCAAAGCUCACGUCAACUUCAACAGCAACAGCAAUCAAGCCAACAAACGUUGCAACAGCAACAAAGCCAGAAAAAUACUCAACAGCAAUCGAGCCAACAAACAGUCCAACAACAUAAUCAACAGUUACACCAGAUGUCUCAGCAGCAGGCAAACACACAACAUUCACCUCACCAUUCUCAACAGCAGUCACCCCAUCAUUCCCAACACCAAAUCUCCCAACAGCAGUCACCACAUCAUCCUCAACAACAUCAAAUCUCUCAGCAACAGUCACCGCACCACUCACAUCAAAUGUCACAACAACAAAUUUCACAACAACAACAGCAGCACCUGCAGAAAAUUUCUCAACAACAACAGCAGCAGCAACAACAAAUUUCGCAACAGCAGCAGCAACAAAUUUCGCAACAGCAGCAGCAACAAAUUUCACAACAGCAGCAGCAACAAAUUUCGCAACAGCAGCAGCAACAAAUUUCACAACAGCAGCAGCAAAUUUCACAACAGCAGCAGCAGCAACAAAUUUCACAACAGCAGCAGCAACAAAUUUCACAACAGCAGCAGCAACAAAUUUCGCAGCAGCAGCAGAAACAAAUUUCACAACAGCACCAACUAUCUCAGAAACAACAAAAUCAAAUAUCUCACCAACAACAUCAAAUGUCACCUCAACAUCAGCAUCAUCAAAUGUCACCUCAACAACAUCAAAUGUCUCCUCAGCAACAGCAGCAACAUAUAAUUGCUCAACAACAACAAUCAUCAUCAACACAUCAGCAACAGAUGACUCAUCAACAACAUAUAUUGCAUCAGCAUCAACAACAACAACUUAUACAACAACAAAAACAUCUUUCUCAUCAUCUCGCUCAGCAGCAGCAUCUUUCCCAGCAACAAAAUCAUAUGCCACACCAAUUGCACCAACACCAGCAACAAAUGCACAUGUUUACACACCAUCAAAUGUCUCAUCAUCAGCAGGAACAGCUGGCCCAACAACAGCAAAUCGCUCAGCAGCAACAGCAGCAGCAGCAUAUCGCUCAACAGCAGAAACACCUUGCUUCACAGCAACAAAUGGCUCAAAAUAAGCUUAAUGUUCUUGAAAUGCAACAAAAUACUCAACAAAAUAUUCACAGCAAUCGGCAAAUGUUAUGGUCUAGUAACACUGAUGGUGGAUCACAGUUGAUGAAUAAUAGCUUAACACAACAGAAUGUACAUUUAUGGUCAAAUGGCAAUCAUAAUAACAUGUGGUCCCAAGAAAGUAGUACUCAGCAAAAACAGGUUCACAACCAGCCUGAACCUUGGCCUAAUGGGCAUUAUCAAACAGUAAAUCAAUCUUCUCAACUAUCUUCAUCCAACUGGGCUAGUGAAAAGAAGAGUAGCAAAGUUCCUGAAAGAGCUGAACUCAACAACCGACUGAAAACAAUGAUUUUAAACAAACAGAAUCAGGAUUCUAAAAAGGCUGAAGAUUCUCAAACCCAAAAUAUGUACGAGGACCAAAAAAACUUGCAGACUGUUUCAAGCGGGAAUUUUUUAGUGAAAGGCCACCAUCCUCAGAAGUUAGUUUCUGAGGGUGGUGGCACCUGGGGCGAGAGCCCACAAAAAUUUAAUCAAAGUAUUUCAGCAAUGGAAAACUUUGUAAAAUACGCUACAUCUAUGGGAAGUCCCGACUUGAAACAGAACUGGAAUGCUCAAUCUUAUUCCCAUGCAAGUUACCAAAACUCUAUUACACAUCAGAGACCUCAAAAUGGACUAGUCUAUACUCAUUCCAGCCAUGAUUUGGAAAGAAAAGUUAUUCAGCCUGAGCAAAGAUCUCAAAAUGGACCAUUUCCUAACUGGUAUCCUAACUAUCAACUAGCAUAUGGUUACAAUCAUAUGAAACAUGAAGCACUAUGGUACCAAAAACAAGAACCUUGGGGAAUGCAAACAGAAUUUAUAUCAAGAGAUCCCGAAAAUAGAGAUCUCAUUCCAAAAAUCCCUUUUGGAAUGGAUCCGCGAUUAGAUGAACCUAUAGAGAAAAUCGACGAGGAAGAUGGUGUUCUGAAAAAAAUGCAAGCCAAGUAUGUUUAUUAUGGAGAUGGUGGUCCCGCCAGUGUCCAAAGUUCUCCAGGUCCUUGGUGUUGUAGACAAGGAGGAACGGAAAAACCAACACCUGAACAUAUAAAAGAUGGCUGUUGUCAGGGUUACCAAACACAAGAUGAAAUUCUUGAUUCUGAUAAAGAAGUGAAAAAAGAAUUAGAUUUAAGCAGCAAACCUGAACACAUGACUGUCAAGGAAUAUUUAGAUUAUGUAGAAAGGCUUCGAAACAACAGGACUGAAAUUCCGAAUUGUCAUUGUUUUCCACCUGAUCAGUGUCCACCUGAACCUGGUUCCUAUUACACACAUCUUGGUUCAGCAUCAACUUUGGAAGAGCUUAGAACAAAUAUUGAAAACAGAAGUGGUUUGAAAGGAAAUGCAAUUAGAGUAGAAAAGAUUGUUUAUACCGGAAAAGAAGGCAAGACAACUGCAGGAUGCCCUUUGGCUAAAUGGAUAAUCAGAAGAGGAAGUUUAGAAGAAAAAAUAUUAAUGAUAGUUAAGAACAGAAAAGGCCACACAUGUACGACAGCUUGGAUAGUUGUUGUGGUAGUCGCCUGGGAAGGUGUUGCUUCGCAGGAAGCUGAUUCAAUUUACUCCUUGCUCACGACUAAAUUGAAUAAAUUUGGAGUUCCAACCACUAGGCGGUGUGCAACAAAUGAACCGAGAACUUGUGCUUGCCAAGGAUUAGAUCUUGCUACUUGUGGUUCCUCAUACUCUUUUGGUUGUUCCUGGUCAAUGUAUUACAAUGGUUGUAAAUAUGCAAGAAGUAAAGUUGUGAGAAAAUUUAGGCUCUCAGUAAGAUCUGAGGAACAAGAUAUUGAAGAUAAAAUGCAGAAGUUAGCAACUGAUCUUGGGCCUUUAUAUGAAAAGAUGGCUCCUGAUUCAUUCCAAAACCAGAUUGAAUUCGAAAAGGAAGCAAUAGCUUGUAGGUUAGGUUUAAAUGCUGGAAGACCAUUUUCAGGAGUAACUGCUUGCUUUGAUUUCUGUGCACAUGCUCAUCGGGAUGCUCAUAAUAUGAACAACGGUUGCACUGUGGUUGUAACAUUAACCAAACAUAGAACACUUGCAAAACCUGAUGAUGAACAGUUACACGUUUUACCUCUGUAUGUAAUGGAUGACACCGAUGAGUAUGGGAAUCGUGAAGGGCAGUUGGAAAAAAUUAAAAACGGUUCUUUGGAAAGUUUAACAAGAUUCCCAUGCGAAGUUAGGGUUAGAGCUGUUCCUCUGACACCCUGUCGAAAACAUGGAAAAAAGCGGAAAGAUGAAGAAGAGCAUCAAAAUUCAGCUACUGCAGGAAAGAAUAAUAAAGAUCCAAGUUCCCAAACAAGUUCCGAUUUACUACAAAGUUCCCAAGUUUCAUCUACAGUAGUUGAUAGCCCUGUACAAAGCCACCAAGGUUGGGGAGGAGGUUUUGCUGCCCAAACAUCAAGGUCUAAUGGAGUCCCAGUUGGCUUCAAUAACAUAAAAUCCCCUAGUCAUCAAAUGAAUAAUAAAAGACAAUAUUGUCAUGGGGAAGGGAAUUUCAGCUCUGAAAAUGAAGUUAAAAUUGAUCCUGAUAGCACAACGAACCAUUUAAACAACCAAAAUUUCAAUCAUACACAAUGGGAAGAUAGGUCUCCAACUAACCAGGUCACCUGUAGCAAUGGACGAUCCUCAAAUUUUCAACCUCCGUCACCGUAUCAAUUAAGUCAUCAAGCUUCACCAAAAACUAAUAGUGCGAUGUCUCCAAUGCAAAAUGAUGGGUCAUAUCGGGAAGAUAAACAACAAAAUUCUCCUUAUAAUGUAUCUCCAAGCAAUUCAGUAUUCAGGGUACCUAAAGGAAGGCCACCAUCGAGAUCUAAUCCAGGAACUCCCCAACCUACUUUCGAAAAUUCUACGUAUAUCAAACCUCUACCUGCCCUUCCACCAUUAGAACAUAGGUUUGAUCGCCCUAAUUCACCCAUCAAGGAUUGGGAUAAUGUACCUCAAAGCCCUGAAAAGUCUCCUAAACACAGUCAAUCUUUUAUUGCACAAAAUUCUCCAGGAUUUGGAAAAGAACAAAGUCAGUCUUAUGUGCCUCAAAAUUCUCCAGGUACUGUUAAAGAACACAGUCAAGGGACGCAAACCAUGAAACAUAGCCCUAAUCCUGAAAACAGUUCUACAAAUUCUCGUAAUAAUAGCAUAAACGGGAGUCCACACCAACAAAUAGUCCCUAGUGGUGAAAGUUCAUCUCAUAAUAUAAAUCAAAUCUGCAAUAACCAAUUUGCUAGUUAUCCCAUGUACAACUCCAAUGGAUUUCAUCAGCAAGUGAACAGACCCAGUUAUAUUGAGUAUAAUAAUAACCACUUCAAUAAUGGCACACAACCGGGCUUUCAUGACCAUAAUUAUGGCACUACUCCUAAUUAUCAUUAUUUUGAAAAUUUUUCAAAUGACAAUUACAAUUCUGGAACACAGACUCCUGUUCCUUUACACCCUCAUGAGCAGCAAUCCAGCUCAAGCAGCAAUGGUUACCUUUAUCCAAAUCAAGGAGCUGGAGUCAGAAAUGGUUUCAAAACUGCCAAUAUUAAUAACUUCCAAGGUAAUCAGAAAGAAAUCAAUGGCAACAGUUUCUCUUCUUCUUUCGAGUCUUAUAGAGGGGAAAGAUCUGGAACACCUUCCACACCACAUGCCAUUCCAAAUAUCAAGAAAGAAAACCAGUGGCAAUACUGUUCAUCCAAUUCUGAAACUCCUCCUUGUGGUAACAUAAAACAAGAAAUGCAAAUAAAAAGAGAAAAAGAUGAGAGAAAUACUUCUCAAUGUGAACAUCGAUUUCGUGACUGUCCAAGUGAAGGCUUUCCUCAGAGUCCAUCGAAAGCAAAUUCUGCACAGUACUCAAGGCCACCACCUUGGAGUCGUCCACUUGUCAGUCCUCCUUUUAUUAAAGAAGAGAUUGAGCAGAUGCAGCAUCCAUCAUUUGAUCCUGAUUUUCAUUCGAAUCAUAUCCAUCCACAUCAGUCAUUUGAUUAUCAAGGGGUAGGAAUGUACCAAUUAACAGGAUGGGACAACUACGGGCCGACUCCGUACCUACCCAUGAUAAAGGAGGCCAAACCUGAACCAAUUGGUCAAGUGGCAGAUUAUAUAGACAAUGAAGAAUGUUUUAAGGAUUCUCAGAUGGGAGGUGUGGCAAUAGCUCUCAGCCAUGGUUCAGUCCUAUUCGAAUGUGCCAAACAUGAACUACACGCUACUACUGCUCUCCAUAAACCCAACAGGCUCCAACCUACCCGUAUAAGUCUAGUGUUUUAUCAACACCGAAACCUGAAUCGACCUGACCACGGUGCUAACGAAUGGGAAGAGAAGAUGAGGCUUAGAAAGCUUGGAACUUUGUCUUCGAGUACACCUUCCAACAGUGUGAGCCCUCCCUCUCCUGCGGUCUUGAAGUCUCCAACCUAUACUACUACAACCUGGACAACCCUCUUUCCCAUGCAUCCAUGUGUCGGAACUGGUCCUUAUCAAAAGACUUAAUUGUCAGUUUCCUAUGAAUGCGCAAGAAUAUUGUGAAUAGGCAUGAAGUUUGAGAUGCUAUUUUUUAAAAGAAACAAUAUUUUUUUGUAUAUUGGCCUACCAUUGGACAUUUUAAACUGUUAUAGAUUAAUAACGGUAGGAUUAGUUAUUCGAUUAUAAUACUAGUAUUUUUAGCUUCUCGAUCAAAAAGGUCAAUCGAGAGUACCAAUAUGGCUAUAGUUUAGACAUAGACCUAUCUCAGUAUUUUACUUUUUUUGUGUAUACUAUUUAUUUUAUUUAUUUAUUUAUUUAAAUAAUGUUAAAACUGUUAUUGUUCAUAUUCGUUUUUUUGAGUUUUUUAGAUUUUUAAAAAAAAUUUUAAUUGUACAAUUUGUUUAUUGGUUCUACUCACUGCCUGCCUUACUGCCUGUGUGAAGCAGUAUUACAUAUCGAACACUGCUCUGUGCUAGUCUCUGUUAUUUUUGACAGUUUUAAUUGAGCAGAAAAUAAUAAAAUUCUCAAUAUGUUUAAAUAUAUUUAUAUUUAAAAAAUAAAAAAAAGGUGAUCUCAGAAGCACUUGUAAAUGCCAAAUCACACUUUUUAAAUUUUGCCAGAGCAUUUGAAAUAAUGAUUAAAUUUGGUUAAUAUUUGUAUAUUAUAAUUUCUGUGUGUGAUGUAUGAACGGAUUUAUUUAUUAUCGGGUGAAUGUGAUGUGAAAAUUCAAACUUAGUAUGUAGGUAAACUUAGAAUAUAGUUUUUUAUGAAGAUGCCAAAUUUGUUCAGUUUUGUUUUUGGAUUUGUGACUUAACACAUUCCUAUUUAUAAAUAAUAUAUAUAUUUAUACAUCAGGCUAUGAACAAUCUUUGUUAAUUUUGUAUGUCUCUAUAUAACUGCUUGUAAAUUCUCUGUACAUACUGGUAUUUUUGUAUCGAUUUCCCUGAACGUAGACUGGAUAUGAAACUUCGAUUUUUUUCGAGAGGUGUCACAAUAAAAGGAUAUAAAAUCCUCAGUUUCUGCUAGUCAUGUAACAUCACUGAUUAGGUUAAAUAAACCAACCCUCGAAAAGACUCAGAAGUCAAAUAAUGUAUAUACAGUAGCUUUGUAACAUGUGUUUUUAGUGUUGACAUUUUUAUUUAAUUUUUUUUUGUAAUGAUUUUAAUGAAGUUUUUGGUUAUAGUGAUGUGGUUUAGAAAUAAAGAUGGCUUGUCCUUUAUAAAUUAUAUUUAAUAUACUCCCCCUGUACUGACUAGGAUAAGUUGUAUACUGUAUAAAAUAUUGAUUUUUAUAAGCUAUAUAAUUAUCAGUUUGUUAAUUUAAUUUUAAAUGGGGGAUGUUUUUAUAAUUUAGUCCUUGCUCAUUUUUCACUAUGAUAAAAUACUAUAUCUAAAUAAAACAUAAUAAAAGUCAAUCAAAUGUGAAUUUACAUUAAGAAAGUAAACAAUCAAAUAUUGUUUUUAAUAUUAGUAUUACUGUUUUAUGAUCUGAACAUUAGAAGCCAUAGAAUCACUGCCAUUGAUAAAUAAUUUUUAAAAACUUGAAAACUCUUAAUUUGAUAAAUUAUAUUUAGGGACAAUAAUUUACUCAUUUGUUUGAAAAGUUACUACAUUUUUUAAAAAUAGGAAUUCUAAUGUUCAUAUCAUAGUAAAAUUAAAAGGAAAAAAAAACUAAAAAAAAAAAAAAAAGUUCCAUUGUACAAUACAUCUUCGUUAGAAAUAGUGUUAAAAAGAAUAUAGAUUAUUUUCAUGCCAAUAAAAGGAAGUUAAUGUUGUUACCUAGAGAAAAGAAUUAAAAAGAAAAAAAAUCAUCUCAUAUACAAUAUCUUUUAUACAAAAAUAAGGAAAUAUUUUAAAAAUAAAGCUUGCCUUGCGGAAAGAUUACAAAGGAUAUUUUUUUGAUGAAUAGGUAUAAAAGCAGAAGAAGAAAGCAAUAUAUGUGUAUUAGUAAAUGUUAUGUGAGGUGUCAUGUGAUGUUGCGUUCGUAAUCGUACAAAUAUGUUAACGCUUCUACAAAGGGCGAGCUUCUAUAAUCGAGUACAAAUGUUUUUCUUUUUUAAAUUAAUUUGCUAUCAGAAGUGAAAAUAAUUCUUUUUGAUUUUGAGACAUUAUUACAUUUUAUACACACCUUUUUUUAAAAAAAGACACUAGCCUAAAAUAAAUAAUAAGAGGAGUCAUGAGAGAAAUCUUAGAACAACAGUAGAAUUUGAAAUAUAUUUUUUGAAUAACCAAUUAGGUAAAUUAAAAUAAAAGAAAAUGAAAAAAAAACUUUAGGGGGAAUAUUUAUAAGAGAAACUUUUGAAGCCAAAAACUAUUUAAUACAGUAUUUAGAGACUAAACAUAUUUAAAUAAGUGAUUAAAAUUAUAUAAAAAUAAAAAAUAAUGUUCGGCAUGAAUGGUAAAAGCAAUCAGGGAUAAAUGAAUUACUCAGCUCACUUUGUAAACAAAAAAUAAUUAAUUGUGAUUUUUGUAAGAUGCCAUUUUAAAUAUUUCUGCGAGUACAAUUUUUGUAUUUUUCAGUUCUUCAAUGUGUCUUCCUUCAUUUUAAUCAAUUUGUUAUUGUCUGAUUUUUGACAGGACAAAAAUUAUAUUGAUUGUUUAUUUUAUUUUUAAAUGAAUAAUUUUGUAGUUUUUCUUAGUGUAUAGGUUUAGUAGUGCAACAUUGUGAGAGGAAAUGAAUAGAGAGAAAUUAGUCCCAUAUUGUCAAUUGUUUUAAAUGUGAAUAUACUACCACUUGAAUUUGUGAAUAAUACUUGUGUUGUGAUUUUUACCUUUAACCUUCUAUGGUGAUUUUUACUAUAAAAUAUCUAAAGUACGAUGCUAAAGCAUAAAUACAUACAUUACAAAAACAUUUCGAA